UCACGCCUUUCCCGCACAACUGCUCGCACCACGAUUUUGAUUCACUGGAGAGAAAAUCUCGGCAGUCUCUCUCUCUCUCUUCAAAUAUCUCCCUCCCAUUUCUCUCCACCUCCUGCCAUUGACAACUGCUUCGCCAGAGAGAGAGUGAUAGAGGAAAAUCACACACAUAGAAACACACACUAUGAGAGAAAUCCUGCAUAUCCAGGGAGGCCAAUGCGGAAACCAGAUCGGCUCCAAAUUCUGGGAGGUGAUCUGCGACGAGCACGGCGUCGAUCCUACCGGCAGGUACAAGGGCGACGGCUCCGAAUCCGACACUCAGUUGGAGCGGAUCAAUGUCUAUUUCAAUGAGGCUUCCGGCGGGAGGUACGUUCCACGCGCCGUCCUCAUGGAUCUGGAGCCUGGCACCAUGGAUUCCAUCAGAUCCGGCCCCUACGGCCAGAUCUUCCGCCCCGACAAUUUUGUCUUCGGCCAGUCCGGAGCCGGAAACAAUUGGGCGAAGGGGCAUUACACUGAGGGCGCUGAGCUCAUCGACUCCGUCCUCGAUGUUGUUAGGAAGGAAGCCGAGAACUGCGACUGCUUGCAAGGAUUUCAGGUUUGUCACUCACUUGGAGGAGGCACAGGCUCUGGCAUGGGUACUCUCUUGAUUUCAAAGAUCAGAGAGGAGUAUCCUGACAGAAUGAUGCUUACGUUCUCUGUUUUCCCUUCACCAAAGGUCUCUGACACUGUUGUUGAGCCGUAUAAUGCUACUCUCUCAGUGCACCAGUUAGUGGAGAAUGCAGAUGAAUGCAUGGUCCUUGAUAACGAGGCUCUCUAUGAUAUCUGUUUCAGGACUUUGAAGCUCAGCACACCAAGCUUUGGUGAUUUGAACCAUUUGAUCUCUGCAACUAUGAGUGGUGUGACAUGUUGUUUGAGAUUCCCUGGUCAGCUGAACUCUGAUCUCAGGAAACUGGCAGUGAAUUUGAUUCCAUUCCCACGUCUCCACUUCUUCAUGGUUGGCUUUGCUCCACUCACCUCCCGUGGAUCACAGCAUUACAUAUCUCUAACCGUCCCUGAGCUAACGCAACAAAUGUGGGACUCAAAGAAUAUGAUGUGUGCUGCUGAUCCCCGCCACGGGCGCUACCUAACAGCCUCUGCCAUGUUCCGGGGUAAAAUGAGCACCAAAGAGGUGGAUGAACAGAUGCUCAAUGUUCAGAACAAGAACUCAUCAUACUUUGUUGAGUGGAUCCCAAACAAUGUCAAGUCCAGCGUGUGUGACAUUCCACCCACAGGACUGAAGAUGUCGUCCACAUUCGUUGGUAACUCAACAUCAAUCCAGGAGAUGUUCCGCAGGGUGAGCGAGCAGUUCACUGCCAUGUUUAGGCGCAAGGCUUUCUUGCAUUGGUACACCGGGGAAGGGAUGGACGAGAUGGAGUUCACUGAAGCAGAGAGUAACAUGAACGACCUGGUGGCUGAGUACCAGCAAUAUCAAGAUGCGACUGCUGACGAAGAAGAAGACUAUGAAGAAGACGGUGCUGAAGCGGAGUACGAGGACUAAAAGAGGGAAAUACUUUGCUGCUUUUGUGUGUUGAUUGCAUCGUGUAUUAUCUUCAUCCUACAUUUUUUCUUGCUUUGAACUUAGCAUCUUCUUACUGCUGGCUUUUGUUUGUUCGUAUUAAAACAUUAACGUGCAUUUCUUUGGUAUCCAAAAUCAUUGUUUUGUUUCA